CCUGGUCUUUGUAAAUUGUUUGAAAACGCCACUUCCCUUUGUCAGGAAAAGCCUCUAUGUUCCGAGAACCAAUCAAAACGCAAUACGGAAUCAUGUGACUUCACUCUGUUUGAACAUGGCGGCGUGCUGAGGAGCCGGCUUUUUUGACAGCUUUUCAGAGAUCAUACGUCAGUCCACAGACGAAGAAGAAAAAGAAGACCAUAAGUCAGUCAUGGAUUUCGAUUAAAUGGACGAACCUGUCCUUGUGACAGCUAACGGCUUAAAAAAAACAUCGUCGUCGCCUCAGUUCUUCUCGUUGUAAGGCGAAAAUAACCAGAUAUAGUGGAGAGGGUUGCGACAAUAGCUUGCAGCUACAAAAGUUGAGCAUUUUCUCAAAAGGGAUGAGAUGAUAGACCAUUUGAGGAAUUUCAAAAUCAGCCAACCCAAAAUUGAGCAUCUACGUAUCCUGGUCCAUGGUCCAGUGGGAGCGGGAAAGUCCAGCUUCAUCAACUCCAUAGACAGCAUCUUCCAGGGGCGAAUGACCAGUGCAGCCCAAGUAGAAACAAGUGCUGGGAAGAGCUUCACAAAGAGAUAUAAAACCCACAAAAUUAAAGCUGGAGAAUACGGAUCCUACUUACCAUUUGUCUUCAGUGAUGUCAUGGGCCUGGAAAGAGGAGAAUCUGAAGGGGUGAAAGUAGAUGACCUCAAAAAAAUAUUGAAUGGUCACAUCAAAGAAGGUCAUAUGUUCCAUGAAUUAAGCGCACUUCCAGAAGAGGAAGACAACGGAUACAUCAAAGAUACAAGUCUGAGUGACAGGGUUCACUGUCUGGUCAGCAUCAUUCCAGCAGACAGUGUCCUCUGGUGUGCUGACAGCAAGAAAAUAUCACAACAUGCCAUGCAGGAAAAGGACGAAGCCUUCAUCAACAAGAUGAAAGAUGUCAGAGCAGAAGCAGCCAGCAUGAUGGGCAUCCCUCAAGUUGUCAUCCUGACAAAAGUGGACGAAGCAUGUUCUGAGGUCCAGAAAGACAUUAAAUUGAUCUACAGUAGCAAAACCAUCCGUGAGAAGAUUAAACUUUGUAGUGUUAAUGUGGGAGUUCCCCAAUAUUGCAUCUUCCCAGUGAAGAACUACCAUGAGGAGAUUCAUCUGAACAACGACAUGGACGUGCUGCUGCUGUCUGCACUGACAGACAUCCUGAACUUCGCCAACGACUACGUGGCAGAGAUGAAAAUAGAAGACACUGAAAAUCCCAUUUAAAAUUUACUACCAUUGAUUCCGUUAUGCUUUUUAAAACAAACUCUCUCACACACACACACACACACACACACACACAGGCUCAC